AUGGUCAGAUUCUUUGAAAACUCACAUUUAUACGAUCAUGACUUCAAGACUGCCUCAUUUGCUUAUUUAAACAGGUAUCCGAAUCCAUAUGCUAGUCAUGUAUUAAGUAGCGAUACGCUAGAGAGUUAUGUCGAUAGUGAUGGGUGCUUGAGAACCACUAGACUUGUCGUAAAGACAGGUCGCUUGCCCAACUUUAUUAAGCCUUUCCUAGGUGAUAACUUGAAUUCCUGGAUUAUUGAAAAAUCGCUAAUCAACCCUAAAACGAAUAAGAUGCUUUGCUAUAGUGCUAACAUAGACCACAGAAAGUUUAUAAAAGUUGAAGAGUAUCUCAAAUAUACUGGCAAGCAUUCUCUUUCUACGUUGGUUGAAUGGAAAGUUAAGUUUUCUUCGAAUUUUUUCGGAUUCAAAGAAAGAAUAGAACAUUGGGGUCAUCGGAACUUUUCCUCAAACAUGCCAAACUCUAGAGAGGGAUUACUGUACGUUAUGAACAAAUUCAAAGAAAAAAACAGCAUAUUCUUACAAAAGUGA